CUCCUUGAGGUAUCCCCAUAAAAUCAGACAUGAAGACGUAUGUGGUAUCUUUUACUGUUCUUAACUCAAUUCGGUAAAUGUGUAAAUAUUCUGUUGAAAUAAUGCAUUUUAUGAAGCCUUUCAUGAACAAACCACAGCUUUUUAAUUUCAAGGACUCACAUUGACUUUGAUCAAGACUACAACUGACACAGCCAACUGCUAGAUCCUCGCAUUCCAGGUCAUUCACUCUCUAUUGUAUUGUGUCUACUUCUCUUGCUUUAUCAACUGGUUUCUUUCCAUUUUCAACAUCAACCAUUCUUUAUUGUCCUGAUUGUCAGCACGGGGGUCAGCAACGGGCUCAGAAAGCCCUCUCUUCAGACAGCCAUCCAACAGGUGUCUACCUACAGUAGGCAAUCUGCAGUACUCUUUCAAUUGAAAAACAGACAUUCCGUACAGCAACCUGCUUCCAACUCCACACAGUGUGGAGGAUGUUUCCCGCGGGUCUUUAAAGCGCCGGUUAACCCGACCUGUCUCAAUGUUGGCAGAAGAGGGUUGCCUCACUUUCUCUGCUCUGGCAUCUUUCACCUCAGUUAUUUUAGUCGGCAAGCUGCUGUGUCACGCAUCAGUUAUCGUGUUGAUUGUGAACACCCCCCCGGAAUAACACAUAUCUUUCUGAAGUGUCGAAAUCGGGCAGCCAUGCAUGGAAGUGGCCCUGGGAACACACCCAUUGAGAAAAACAACAUCGGGGUGACUUCAACGUAACCGGGUUGACAUGGAGUUCAGACCGUCUCACUUUGUCAGGUGGAAACACCCGGGGGACGACUCGCAUGCAGCACUGCAAGGUGCCCAGUUGUUGAAGCAGAGGUGGAAAGAACCAGGCUCCUUGGUGCAAACCGCCUAAGUCAUGCUAGGAAUAUUAAGUUAAGCCUGUUGUCAGGUCCUGUCAGACUGCAGUUGUCUUGAGGCAACUGAACUAUUUUGAUGUCCCAGCCUCUUUGAAACUACUCGACACCCUCCUAGUUCCUCAAAGGCAUACCCAGCUCCGUACGCCGACCAGGAAACAAUUCAUGUCCAUCCUCAGUUCUCCCUCUCUCUCUCUAUCUCUCUCUCUUUUCCUACCUCUCCAUCCUCUCCCUCGCUCAGCCUCCACCCAACUUAGAACGAGCGGCAGCCCACUUCCAAUUGUCAUGGCAACAGCAUGUGAAUGCACCCGGCCGUAGGAGAAGACUGUAGGAGAGACGUACGAGUGCUGCAUUGGAAGCCACCGCUCAGCCUUCUGAGCCAGCUGUGAGGUCGCAUCAAGCCGAACGAUCCCGCUGAAACCCCUGUCCAUUAAAAAAGGGGAGCCAUUUCGCCAAGGCGCCAUCACCCCUCAGUCACACAGGCUGUGAUCUGCCUGGUUGCUCAGGCCCGCCUCCGUUGCCAUGGAGCACAGGGCCCUGAUGUGCACUAGUCAGCCCUGGAAGGGCCCAGAGGGCUCCACCUUCUCCCCCAGCUGGGACACCCCUUCCCGCCAACCGACCGUCAUGAUGUCACCUUGUCCAGACGUGGUCAAGUCCCCAUGCCAACAUGCUGCCAACCCAGCCCACACCAGAAUCUCCUCUGUGACCUCCCAGUCCCAGCUGACCAGCCCCAACGCCUCAACGUCCUCUGGCUGGUCUGCUGCGGCCAACGCUGCCGACAGAAGAGUUGAAAGGGAGCGCGUUUGGAACGAGGACACAGUCCUGCCUGCUUACAUCCCCGAGGUCCGCGGACGCUCCUUCUCCGCAGCCAGCGGCUCAAACCCGAUCGCUCCCAGACGGAGGUGUGACAGCUACGUCCGGCCUUGCCCCGACGACAGCCCACGGGACACUAGCCAAGAUGUCGAUGACAGCGGCACUUCCCGCUUGAGCCCGAACGCCUCCCCUGAGCACAGCGGCCUGCGGUCACGGUCCCGCAGCAUCAUCCUGAGGAAGACGAAGAGGAGGCCCGCACCGCCAGCCCGUAGUGUUUCGCUCAGGAGAGACUCUGCCUCCCAGCUCAGAGACAAGAAAACCAAGAGCCUUUACAUCGACAGGGACGAUGUCCCCAAGGACUCCUUCCUGCCUGACCUCAUCCUCGUCUCCAAGCCCAGGACAGAGGAGGACCAGGAACAUUCCUCCGCUCAGUCUGGCCAUGCUCCGGUUGGGCCACCGGGCACCAGAACGACCGACCUUCACUGUCCCGUGUUGAAUGGCAGGUCCGAAUCGGUCAGACCCCCUCUCCCCAUGCGACGUCCACCGACAUUAAUUAGUAAACCAUCCACAUUCCAGCAAUCCGCCCCAGUCUCCCCGUCUGGUGGCCAGUCCAGCUCUCAGACUCCGCCCUCUGUCGUCCUCACAUCUUCCAUCCUGGGACCGGACCCCCUGGGGUGCAAGAUGCGUUCUAAGUCCUCCACAUCGCCCACCUCGCCCAGGGCCAGGAGCGGCAGGCUGCGGCUGUCCCUCGAAUUACCGGCGGUCGUCCCUCUCCCGGACCCGGCGGCGGUCAAACCCAAAGUAACCCGCCGCCACUCGGAGUCCUCCGGAUCCUCCGGUGCUGCCCGACCCAGACAGCGGCUGACCACUAGCAUGCUAGUUAUGCCUGUGGUGACCCAGGAGGAUCUCAGCAACGUGCGUUUGCGUUCUGUCAGCAGCUCUGACUCCGACAAAGGCCUGGACGGCUCGCCGGAAGUCAUCCGGGAGGAGGAGCCGGAUGAGGAGCUGGAGGCGUGUCCACCGGUCCAACAGAGCCCUAAGGCAAAACCACCCGUAGCUGCCAAGCCGCCUGCACACAAAUGGCUGCCGAUGCACAUGGUCAAGUCGUCCUCAGCCUCAUCCCAUUUCGCGGAGACCCCUCCGGCCUCACAGACGGAGAGCCAGGGGGACGUGUGUGUGGUCGAAAGGAGAGCCAAACCUAAGAGGUGGCACCAGCCCCCUCAAUGUGCCAGCGACUGCGUUCCGGUGCAGAGGCAGCCACCUCUGGACGGGCAUGCCUACAAAGUUGUUCACCCGUUCUGCCACCAAGAGACCAUGGACGUAAGAAGGACCGAAUCUCUCAGAGAUGAACUGGAUAAAAAGAAAAAGCCAGUUCCCCCUCCAGUUGCAAAGAAGCCCGAUGUCGUGUUCGUGCCCCCAGUCACGUCACUGGAGGAGGAGGGCUCCAGGGGCUACGUCUGGUCUGGGUCCAGUGGGGUGUACCAGUCUCCUGCCAGCAUUGACCAAGACAGAGACUUUACUGGGCAGGAUCUCAACCAUCACACAAUAAAAGAAGGAUUUUUCCUCGAUGAGAACCAAGAAGAGAUGAGGAUAAUGUCUGAAGUGAGAACACUGUGCCUCAGAGAGCAGGAGGAGUUCGACCAAAUCUCCUCACAGCCAACUACUGAGGACCUGUUCACCAUCAUACACAGGUCCAAGAAGAAACUACUCGGUCGUAAAGAAGCAGCUGAAAUGGCUGGGAACAGACAGGGUUAUGGAUCACCCAGUAAAGGCACCCAGGGUAUUGUCCAGAAGUCAAGCUCCAAAAAUGACAACUUCAUGGCUUUUCUGCAGAGGCGGAGGAGUAAUAAAGCCAGCUCUGGGGAGAGACUGUCAGCAGCUGAACUGCUCAAGAGUACUAAACCGUUGGCUGGUCAACCGUAGAGCAUCAAACAGAUCCGACGUUUGUGUUUCUCAGUGUACUGCAUGAAUAAUCGUGGACAAUCAAGGACGAAGGGGGGAAAUGUCUAUUGUUUUCAUGGCUUCACGUGCUACACCAGUGACUUGUUUUUGUGAUGGCAAUACAGCUUCUAGGCAUCAAAUUCAACUGUAUAUUACACCAAUUUGGCCAGCUGUGUGUUGCUUUUGAACUGAGACAAUCUAUCAUGUCAAUCCAUUUUUAUAGCAUCGAGUUGUGAAGCCAAUAGCAUUACGUUUUUUGAGCUGCCAACAUUUUGUGCUUUUGGUCAUGUAUUGCUCAGAAAUAAAACAAAGCUGCUUGUGUGUCUGUGACAUCAUUAGUAUGCGUCGGACUUAACCCACUGUUACCGGAUGCCCUUAUUCAUUCUGUCAAAGUAACAGGUGUUUGUGAUUGCAGUUUAAUUAACAGGCUUUUCAUCAAUUAAUAGUUCCUCCAGUGUUAGGAAUAUUUCAUUGAUAUACAGUAGGUUAAGAAAGUCACCACGCCCUUUCAAAAUGUUCAACU